CGGAAGUGACGUAAGAGCAGGCCGAGUCGGAGGGUUUGGGUAAAAAUGGCUGAAUAUUUAGCUUCGAUAUUCGGGACUGAGAAGGACAAGGUUAACUGCUCUUUUUACUUUAAGAUCGGGGCCUGCCGGCACGGAGACCGAUGCUCUCGGCUUCACAACAAACCGACUUUCAGCCAGACCAUAGUGCUGCUCAACCUGUACCGGAAUCCACAGAACACGGCCCAAACGGCAGACGGCUCGCACUGUCACGUGAGCGACGUGGAGGUGCAGGAACACUACGAUAACUUCUUCGAGGAGGUGUUCACAGAGCUGCAGGAGAAGUACGGAGAGAUCGAGGAGAUGAACGUCUGCGACAACCUGGGCGACCACCUCGUGGGCAACGUCUACGUCAAGUUCCGGCGGGAGGAGGACGCGGAGCGGGCAGUGGCUGAACUCAAUAACCGCUGGUUCAAUGGGCAAGCCGUGCACGCCGAGCUGUCUCCUGUCACCGACUUCCGGGAGUCGUGCUGUCGGCAGUACGAGAUGGGGGAAUGCACCCGAGGCGGCUUCUGCAACUUCAUGCACCUGCGGCCCAUUUCCCGGAACCUGCGGCGGCAGCUCUACGGGCGGGGACCCAGGCGCAGGUACUCCAGGCCCGGCCUGCCAAGAGUCCUCAUGAGGCCCCCACCCCUGAGCUCCGGUCACCCCCAAGGUCCCACGCUGGCCAUCGUCCCCGAGAGAGGAACAGACGGCAUUCUCCGGACCACCGGCACGGCCGCUUCUGAGACUGGCCACCUUGCCCUUCACCCUGACAGAUGUCCCCGGCCAGGAUGCCUCUUCAAGCCCCAUCUUUCCAGGCUCUGGGAUUUAAUCGUCUGUUGCCCCUCUCUCAAAUAAAGUGGUUUAAGGCUUUGUAGGUGGAGCCUUGAGCUGUGGGUUGGAGUUUCCGUCCGCAAACGUGUCUGAUGGAAACAGGAAGCAGGGCUGGGUUCUAGCCACAACUUCAGCGGAGGAGGCACGAACAGGUGGAAGACUCGGACUCAGGACCCUCGUGUCACUGGUGGGCUGGAAACCUCGGCACCUCCAUCGGAGGCUUCUUUAAGGGGGGGAGUCUUGGUUGCCCUUGGAGCUUAGGGGGGUUAAGUGGUAUUAUGGUUUGGGUGUUCCCCAAAGGCCCAUGUGUUGGGGGCUUACUCCCCAAAGUCUUAGGUUAAUGGCUAAUGGAUUAAGAGUGGG